GUGUGAGUUCUCUGAAAAGUUGAAACAGAGGAAUGUCCACCUGUUUCGCUUUUAGAGAAGUCAAGAGUAUUGCUGUGGUUUAUCAGUGGAGCUCGGAACACCCCUUCCGGGUCUGGUCUUUUUCCUUUACAUGAAUACGGACAGUGUGAGUGCAGGGGUUAGAAUCUGACUUAGGUGGACCGUCACCCCUAACACUCGUUGUACUUAACAGGGGGCCCUUUCAAAAAGGCUGUCUUUUGUAUGAGCAUCUUACUCUGUAAGCUGUAAAGUGCACACAUGUAUGUCACAUUUUGAAUCGCCCAAAUACACGCGCUUUUUCAAGAAAAUAAAUAGGCUGCAAGUUCUCCAAUGAUAUGACAGUCUGUCCAUUUGAAUCCUAGGUGAUAAGUAGGUGCGUAGUCUAUUAAGAGGGAAUAUUAGCAAAUAACACGUGCGGAGUGCCGUAAGAACAUAUUACCGUAUUGAGUGACCUUUUUUAAGACAAGUCAGAAUCACUCCUUUGAGAGAAACAGUGGGUAAAAAUGGACUUGGAGGGGCCACUGUUGUUUAUUAUCUUAAUAUAGAGAAAAAUGCAUUUUUAAUAUCAUGGCAUUUAAAUCAGUAAUACUUUGGAUCUUUUUGUAAUACCUAUAAGAGUUUACAGUGCCUGUAAGUUGUCUUACUCUUGUUGCUUCUUUAUACCUUCAUAGAACUGGGGUCAGAUGAAGGAAACGGCAUACUAAUCACGGUUUUUGCUGCUGAUUUCUAUAGAAUAUAAUUUUUAAAUAUAUUUUUCUGAAUCAGUGAUUCUAAGAACAAAAUUUACGUGUGAAAGUGGAUAAUGGUAAACAGGAAAUAGCGUUUUAGAAACUGUACUGUAAUGCUCUCUAAGCUGUGGCGAUGAUUGUAGACAUCAGUUCCACCAUGUAGCCGGGAGCUGCAGAAAUGCGUGGUAAAAAUGUAGACCGGUCCCCCAAAAUCUUCACUUGGCUGAUGUUUCAGAAAGGAAUUUUUCCUAGGUAAACUAAUUAAACUUCAGUUAGUUCAGUUAAAUUACUUCAAUUCUCAAAAAAGAAUAAUUUGAUGGGUUAUACAAUUGUGUAAGUGGUGUGCAUCUUUUAAAAUGUUUGGUCUUUUUGGCUCAUGCUGGCAGCCACCCAUGGGAAACGGUCACGACAGCUGCCAUGCAGAAAUACCCCAACCCGAUGAACCCUAACGUCGUUGGCGUCGACGUCCUGCACAGACACGUGGAUCCCUCUGGAAAGCUGCACAGCCACCGGCUUCUCAGCACAGAGUGGGGCCUGCCCUCCAUCGUGAAAUCUCUUAUUGGUGCAGCAAGACCCAAAACAUACGUGCAAGAACAUUCUGUGGUUGAUCCGGUAGAGAAGACAAUGGAACUUAAAUCUACUAAUAUUUCAUUUACAAAUAUGGUUUCAGUAGAUGAGAGACUUAUAUACAAACCACAUCCUCAGGACCCAGAAAAAACUGUUUUGACUCAAGAAGCCAUCAUCAGUGUGAAAGGGGUGAGCCUCAGCAGUUACCUAGAAGGCCUCAUGGCGAGCACCAUGUCUUCAAAUGCUAAUAAAGGCCGAGAAGCCAUGGAAUGGGUCAUCCGUAAAUUAAACGCUGAGAUUGAAGAACUGACGGCCUCAGCCAGAGGAAGCAUGAGGACCCCGAUGGCGGCAGCCGCGUUUGUAGAGAAAUAACAGCGAGAGCAGCGUGCAGCAUCGGGUCCCAGGUCUCGACGCUGGCAGCGUAUUUAUUUGUUAUUUAAGAAGUACAACUAUAUUUUAGGUAGACUUGUUUUUUUUUUUUUUUUUUUUGUAAUAAGCUGGAGAAAGUCGAUGUGACUUUUGAUCAAAACAAAGAGGUGCAGGGCUUCUAACUAAGAGGGAUCAUCUGAAAAUAGUGUUCUUUGAAAUGACCUUCUAUUUUAGGGUUCCAAUAUUGAUGUGAAAAUGUAAUGAUUUUUUUAAAAGGACUUUGAAAUUGGUAUUGGCAUAUUGAAUCUCCUCAAGGUAGGAUUUGAAGGCUUUCCAUGCGUUGGAACUCUGUCUGGCUUUGGACCAACCCCUGAACAGAGCAGAGCCGUUUUGGGGACACAGGCUGCCCUGUUGCACUGAACUUCAACAAGCAUGCACAAAGAAUAUCACUUAAAAAAAGGAGAUAUUGCAUACUUUUAAAAGCCAUAUUAAUUUGUAUAAAAUACCUUGCUCUGCUAUAAACCACCAUUAAAAGAAACCACAAUGCUUUGAUUUGGUACUUCAGUGAUAUUUUUGGAAUGCAGAUUAUUACUAAAGUAAUACAUGAUUCCAACAAAAUAGGAUUGUGUUGUAUUCAAGAGUACUGUAUUGAUUUGCCAAAGUUUUGUAACUUAGUAAAAGUAUCACCUUCCUUGGAUUUGUACCUCCAGAAGUCUUUGUGAUUUAGUGUGCUGUACUGUGGGCAGGCUCGUUAACUGAAGAAUAAAGUCACUACCUGAAUUUUGCAGCACUCUGAACUUAAACGGGAGAAUGGCUGUUCACAUCUUUCAGCAUCUCGCAUUUGCCUAACUUAUAAAUUGCCAUGUGUCAGAAUCAUGGUUCUGUAAUUGCUAAAGCAUAUGUCAGGUGAUUUGAAUAUAACUACAUUUUGAAGUAAUUGUGACCACAAAACAUCUUUUUUACAUGAAGAGCUGUGCAUCAUUUGAAAUUGCUCAAGUGAUGUCUUGAUCUGAAGCAUAAAUUCCAAGCACUUCAUGUUUUUAAUAACACGGUGCCACUGCAGGGUGUAGGGGGCGGUGGGGAAGAAAAAAGAAUAAAAGGAAAAUAAAGGGAUUGACCUAAGCUAAACCACUGAUGGAACUGCACUGCAGAUUUUGUUUUGGGGAAGUCCUUAUUUUGGAUGCCAGAGGGCAGCUGCAAUCAGAAAAACAAUCCAGUAAAUUUUAUUUCAUAUUUUGUAGCAAGUAAUUGUCAGCACUAAAUAAUAUCUUUGAUACUUGGCGAUUGUUGCAUUCAGAGUGUUUUUUUUAAAAGGUGAUUAGCUGUUGCCUUUAUUUUUUUAACACUUAAGUGAUAAACUUCUAGUUAGGUUUUCUAGGAAAGAGACCAGCUAAUAUAUGUACAUAAAC